CGCCCCCCGCGAGGGGUUUGGGGGGGUGGCUGAGGGGAGGGGUCGGGGGUGGUUGUUUCUCUGUUCCGCGGGGCUGAGCGCAACCCCUCGCCCUUAUCCCACCCCCGGUUUUUCCCGCUUUUCUCCCGUUUUUCUGUGUGUGUGUGUCCCCCCCCCGCGGGGGCCGCCGUGGCGAAAGUGCGGCGGCGGAGGCGGAGGCCGCUGCGGCGCUGGCGGGCGGCGGCGGCGGCUCCGCUCCGGUGCGCGGAGGCUGCGCCCCCCCCCCCCCCCCCCCCGUUAGCGGCCCCCCGGCACUGGGCGAUGCCCCCGGGGCGGCCCUGAGGAGGGGAGAGUUCCGCCAUGGAGAUCCCGGGGCAGGGCAACGGCUCGGCGCCCGCCCCCCCCGAUCCCGGGAACGAGCCCCCCCCCCCUCCCGGUGAGGCCUCGGCCCGGGGAACCGAGGACGGGCGGUUGCGACCGGGCGCGAAGCGCGUGACGUUCCCCUCCGACGAGGACAUCGUCUCCGGAGCGGUGGAACCCAAAGACCCGUGGAGACACGCCCAGAACGUGACUGUCGAUGAAAUCGUGACCGCCUACAAGCAAGCCUGCCAGAAACUGAACUGCAAGCAGAUACCCAAACUACUGAAGCAGAUACAGGAAUUUAAAGAUCUGGCUCCCAGGAUAGACUGCUUAGAUCUGAAAGGGGAGAAGCUGGAUUACAAAGCCUGCGAGGCACUAGAAGAAAUUUUCAAGCGGGUCCAGUUCAAAAUUGUUGAUUUGGAGCAAACGAGCUUGGAUGAAGACGGUGCCUCGGCGUUAUUUGACAUGAUCGAGUAUUACGAGUCGGCGACGCACCUCAACAUCUCCUUCAACAAACACAUCGGCACCCGAGGCUGGCAGGCGGCCGCCCACAUGAUGAGGAAGACCAACUGCCUGCAGUACCUGGAUGCCCGAAACACCCCUUUGCUGGACCACUCGGCGCCUUUCGUGGCGCGCGCCCUGCGCAUCAGCAGCAGCCUGAUCGUCCUGCACCUGGAGAACGCCAGCCUCUCCGGCCGCCCGCUCAUGCUCCUGGCCACGGCUCUGAAGAUGAACAUGAACUUGCGGGAGCUCUACCUGGCCGAUAACAAGCUGAACGGGCUGCAGGACUCGGCUCAGCUCGGCAACCUGCUGAAAUUCAACAGUUGCAUACAGAUACUUGACCUGAGGAACAACCACGUCCUGGAUUCAGGCUUGGCGUAUAUCUGCGAAGGGCUGAAGGAGCAGCGGAGGGGGCUGGUCACUCUGGUUUUGUGGAACAACCAGCUGACUCACACCGGCAUGGCUUACCUGGGGAUGACGCUGCCUCACACGCAGAGCCUGGAGACCCUGAACCUGGGCCACAAUCCCAUUGGCAACGAGGGCGUCCGCAACCUGAAGAACGGGCUGAUCGGGAACCGCUCCGUCCUUCGCCUGGGCUUGGCGUCCACCAAACUGACCUGCGAAGGUGCCGUGGCAGUGGCGGAAUUCAUCGCCGAGAGCCCACGGCUGCUUCGCCUGGACCUGCGGGAGAACGAGAUCAAGACGGGCGGCCUCAUGGCCCUGUCACUCGCCCUCAAGGUCAACCACUCGCUGCUGCGCCUCGACUUGGACCGGGAGCCCAAGAAGGAGUCGGUAAAAAGUUUCAUCGAGACCCAAAAGGCUCUUCUGGCCGAGAUCCAGAACGGCUGCAAGCGCAACUUCGUCCUGGCCAAAGAGAAGGAGGAGAAGGAACAGAAGCUGCAGCAGUCGGCCUCGAUGCCGGAGAUCGCCGUGACGGAGCCUUUGGAGGAGGGUUCGGCAGAGGAUGGCCGCGAUGGCGGCGCCGCCUCCGCGCCGGAAGAGGGGGAAGAAGCUGGGGAGACCCCCACGGCCUCGGAGAACGGGGCAGCGGAGCCGGAGGAUGACGACAGAGGCGACGUGUCGGACUCCGAUUCGGACACGGACGAGGAGGUGGACGCUGGGUUAGAGACAAAGGACUCGAGCGUCUCCCUGGAACGCCCCGGCUCUGCCGAUAGCGCUCCCCAAAACUCCCUGGAGAAGCCGAGGGUCCGGCCUCCCCCCUUGCACGUCGCCGAGGAAUCGCCGCGCGAUGCCGGCGCAGGGAGUCCUGCCGCCUCUCCGGCUUCGACGCCCUCCCAGGGAAACGAGAGAAGGAUUUCGGUCUCCAGCCCCGGGCGAGGCCAUAAAAUCUUUGUGGUGACGCGAGUGGAGAGCCUGCCGGAGCAACCCGCCGAGGACGUCGACAAACCAGCUGAGCCCCAGAGCCCAGCUCCGGCCCCAAAUCCCGAACUCCCGGCGCCCCGGGCAAACGGAACCGUUCCCGAAUCCGCCGGUGGCUUGGCGACGCCGAACCCCGGCUGCGAGCCCGAGCGGGGCGGCCCCCCGGCCUGCGAGAGCGUGGCCCACGACACUCCCCUCCCCAACGGCCUGAAGGUGGAUUUUGCACGAGCGCUGCCCGAAACCACCUCGGACGGCAACGGGAAAACGGCGAGCUGCGCCGCCGAGCACGAGCUGAGCUGCUGCAAGAACGAGCAGGAGCUGGAGGAGCUGCUCCUCGAGGCCAGCCAGGACGCGGGGCAGGAGCCGCUGUGACCCCAGGUCCCCCGGGGCCGCUCGGCGUCGCGGGGAGGCUCCGGCGGAGCUUUGGUUCUCUUCCCACUCCACACAACGAUUACGAAACCAACCUCGGGCUUUGGGGCUAAAAGGGUUGUUUUACAUUUGGGUUUUGGUUUUUGUUUUGUUUUUUUUUUUUUCCCCCUAAAAAAAACAAAACAAAACAAAACAAAAAACCAAAACCACUUUCCUGCCCCUCGGGCUCUUCCUCAGGCACCCAACUUGCCUUUCCCGGGGCAGAGGGACCGCGCUGUGUCCCCAGGGUGACGGAGGAAAGGCGACCGAGAAAAAUGACCCACCCAAGGCCGUCGCUGCCCUCGCCGGACACUACCCGACCCGCCGCCUUCGCCUUUUCAUUUUCUAUCUCCUGAGGAGGAGGAGGAGUGAAGGGUCUGCGCAGGAUGAACCCCCCACCUUAAAACCACACACUACAGGGACCGAGGCGCCGCGGGACGUGCCAGGAGAAGGAUGAAGAGCCGCAGGGUCGGGCUGCCGGCGCCCGCGGGGGAACCUCUGUCACUAAAGAUACCCAGGACAGGCUGCGGCCGCAGCCACAAUGGUUA